UUGAAAAGAAAAAAGUCAUCCAUGUACAAAGUCGGGCAUUAGUUGGAUUUCCAUGCCCUACUCAAUCCCCUUACUAAGGCCCAAUCCAGCGGACCCUGUGCCUUUCUACCGCCUUCCUCAUCUGAUCCACACCUACUCCCAUCUGCCCACUAGGGCCAUAUCCCACGAUGACGCUUCCAUGGCCUACUACUCUCCAGCCCCGAUCGGAUGCAAUCUCACGGAAGGAUUUGAAAGACGGAUAGAGAGAGAAGACGAGGAAGAACAUUUGGAUGGGCUGGUAGAGAGUCUGGAAUGGCUUAUUACAAGGGGGAGGAAGGGUGAAAGAAAAGGAGGGAUCAUCACGUGGAGAGGAAUGUUGACUAGGCUCAUUACCAUGCCAUAUGAGACAAGAGACCCAUGGGAGAUGACAGCUAUAGCCCUCGACGGUUCUGUCUAUCUUGAAUUGUGGGAUCCGCCAGAGGAAAAAGCCAAACGGAAACGAGAGCAGUCAGCUUGGGAGAAGCAAGGCUAUAUGGGAUACGCAUACGAGUCAUUCUCCACUAUACCGCAGGAGGGACGUCCAGGAAAUGGACCGGAAGGGUGGGGAGGUGAUGUCAAUACCAACGUACAAUGGGCUAAUGUGGUACGCUCCGCGAUAGGAGAAAUCCCGCUCUGCAUUGCAGGGGAAGUCGACUGCGUUAAAGCUGAGCCUGGAUCUCCAAACCCUGGCUUAUCAGGCUGCAUGGAACUCAAGACUAAUAAAGUCAUACAACAUCCUGGACACGAAGCCAUGUUUCAUAAAAAGCUGUUGAAACAUUGGGCACAGAGCUGGUUACUGGGGAUACCUGAAGUCGUCGUAGGCUUCAGAGAUGACGAUGGGAUCCUUCGCUCCCAAACAACGUUCGAUACUGCAAAGAUUCCGUAUCUAGUUGAGGUGCUCAACAAACCAUCAUGGUCACCUAACCGCUGCCUCCAAUCACUACAUUCGGUCUGCUCUUUCUUGACAAAGAAUGUCUUACCGACCGAUCCGCUCGUCACCUAUCCCCAUAUACGCGGCAAUAGACAAGCUGUAAAGGAAGCUGGAGAGUUACCGCCAGCCGUCGUGUGGCGAUUGGCAUUUGACCCAAAGAAGGGCUGUGAGUUGCACGCUGUAGGAGAAGUAGGCGUAGUCGAUGGGCGAUGGGGAGGAAUGCUGAAGGAGGAAUAUGUGCGAUGGAGAAUGGGGUUGGAAUGAACACUACUGCAGUACCACGGUAGAGCCUGUUUAAUAGUCUACAGAUAUGCAUAAUUGCAAUAAUAACAAGAGACCAUAAGGGAGUGUACGAUGGUCCUUUC